AUGCUCGUCGUUUUUCUCGCCGGACUUCUCGUCAUGAUCGCCGCCAAGUCGGCCGGUCGGCCGGUCAGCCAUCAACAUCAUAUGCACAUACCGCAUUUGAUGAGCUACGCCAUCUUUCCACGUGAUUACUCGCCUUCGCCGUCACCUCUGCAAUGGAGCGGCUACUAUGCCGACCUGAUGAUGCAGUACAAACGCUCAUGCAGUGGUUUCCAUGGUAAGCUGGUGGCCGAUUAUCCGACGGGAUCAUCGAGCCAGUUCCGAACUCGUCGAGACGGCUCCACGCAGCGGCUGAAGUUCGGCAUCGACAACAUACUGCAGUUAGACGCUCUGGACGACAAGAAAGCGUUGACGCUUGGACACUUCCCUCUUACCGAUGCAAGUGGAACUGUUUCUAGUAACCCUGGACCGAAAUUUGUGACCUUAGUAUCGAAAAUGACCCAGCCAAUGGUCAUGACGGCUGUGUGUGAGACGGCUGAGUGA